AAGAUAUCCAUUCACCAGCUUGAGGGGGAGUGUUGAAUGAUAGAGGAUUUCCAAAAAGAUAUUCUCCAUAUCAAGAUUUGAUCCUCUAAGAUUUGUCCAUAUUAAGUUUUGAUUCUCUAAGAUCUUUCCAUAUCAAAUUUUGAUUCUUUGUUUUAUUUUAUUUUGUAUAAUCACAGAUUUUAUGGGAUUUUGUUUCUAACCUCUUCUAGUAUAUAAAGCCAUGUAUAUGACAUUCAAAAAUAUAAAUGAAAUUAUUCAAGUAUCUUACUCUUUCCACAGCCAUUAAUGUUUUUCUCUCUUGUUUCUCACAAUGUUUCCUCCCUUGAAAGGAUAAAAGGUUCGCACUAUGUCAAACAUCUGUAUUUCUCAGAUUGGUUCAUCCAUGAGACUCUCUAUCUCGUAAUUUUAACCCUUUCAUUUUGUUUAGGUCUUUGCCAGAUGCAUGCUUUCAAUAUUGUAUCAUCUUGGGGCUUGAACAAUGUCUACUAGCAUCCUUUCCACGUGGUGGAGGUGCCUAUGGGUGUCUACUGCUCAUCUCAGCUUCGACCGGUUCAUACAAAUUGCCUGGCAGCGUAACUCAUUUUCUUUUCAUAUGGUCAAUAGUGGCCAGGGGUCAAAUUCUAGUCUGUGUAACAUCAAAGUAUAUUGAUUGGGUGAAACCAUAUGAAGAGAUUGCACGAGGGGUCGAACGUCGGGGAACUUCAUAUUUUUGUUUUGACUUAGACUCACUUAUCACGAUGAUACUGACAGUUGGCCUGAAUUUUCAAUAGCAUAGAGAGUUCAAAGUUGAUUUCAUCUUCUAACCCUGUAAUUUGUCUAUAGGUAGGACACCUUUUAAUCAGUAUACAGAUAUUUGACCAGUUAUGAGGUUGCCUAUACAUGGCUAUUGCUCAUGUAUAGUCUCAAAAGAUUGGUGUAGCUUAUCAGUUCACUAUUUUGCCUUCUGGGAAAUUACCUGGAUAAAGGCGUCUUCUUGGAAAAUUUUGUAUUGCAGAUGGGAUAAUCUAUUCUUGUUUAUUCCCUGCUUCAUUCAAUCAUCAAAUCAUAGUGCGUUUCCAAUGCUUUAGUGGGUGGGUUGUUGCCAUGCCGAACUUUCGGCAGUAUAUACUGUUUUUUGCUUCACACUACCAGUCUACCACCUAAUAACAAACUUCCCACUUGUUCCCUCCCUCUUAUAAAUACAGUCAUCCUUAUAUGCCACUUGAAGUUUACAUUGUGGAAUGUUUGAACAAAAGAAUCUGUUAUCAAAACUGGUAGUUAGUGGAGUGCAGCAACGAAUCAGUUCAUCUGGUAAAAAAGAAUAUAGUAAACAAAACAUGAGAAGAAAAAGCUGCAUGCUGACGACAGUGCCAUGGCUGCCACUAAAACAUUCUCUUGCUCGCUGUAAUCCAUGAUCCUAAUUUAAACAAUCCAGUCCAUAAAUAUAUGUUAAUACUAACUUAUAUAUAAAACUAAAGUGCCUCCAAGUUCUUGAUUGGCGUUUUUCCUAAUAGACCAAUAUAGACUUGAACCUUUUACUUCUAGACCCUAAAAUUAAUUGGUUUCAAGUUCCAGACAGCAAUGUUAUCCUCUAUGAUUGUCUUUUUGAUCCUAGCUAUGUUACUAAACACAGGGGUUGGUGUCAACUUCACCGAAGUUUUCGAGUCGAGUUGGUCACCUGACCAUAUUACUGUGGUAGGAGACCAAGUUAUGCUCACCCUUGACAAUGCUUCUGGCUGCGGGUUUCAGUCGAAGAACAAAUAUAUGUUUGGGAAAGCCAGCGCGCAGAUCAAACUAGUUGAUGGAGAUUCAGCUGGAACAGUCAUUGCUUUUUAUAUGUCAUCAGAGGGAGCUAAUCACGACGAACUGGACUUUGAGUUUCUAGGGAAUGUUUCAGGAGAACCAUACCUAGUACAAACAAAUGUGUACGCGAAUGGCACCGGAGACAGAGAGCAGAGGCAUAGUCUUUGGUUCGAUCCAACUGCGGAUUUCCACACUUACUCUUUCUUUUGGAAUCAUCAUACCAUUAUCUUUUCGGUUGAUGACAUUCCUAUUAGAGUGUUCAAAAACACAGAGAAAAAAGGCGUGGCAUACCCGAAAAAUCAAGGCAUGGGAGUUUAUGGAUCGUUGUGGAAUGCAGAUGACUGGGCUACACAAGGAGGGAGAGUGAAGACCAACUGGAGCCACUCUCCAUUUGUUGCAACAUUUCGAGCGUUCGAGAUUGAUGCUUGUGAUUUGUCUGGUGAGGACACAGUUGCUGCAGGCGCAAAAUGUGGCAAGUUAGCACAAUGCUGGUGGGAUAAGCCAGCCAUGAGGGAGCUGAACAAGAGCAAAAAGCGCCAAUUCAAAAUGGUUCAAUCUAAGCACUUGGUCUAUGAUUAUUGUAAGGAUACUGCAAGAUUCACUCAAAUGCCUAAAGAAUGCUUGGACUAGAGUUCGGCAAGCAACGUGUUGUUCAAUGUCUAAAUAUGUUUAUGUCUCGCACAAUUUUUGUUUCCCAAAUUUGUUGGUCCAAUUUGCUGAUCUUAUUUUAUUUUUUGGCUUGUUAUGCAAUCUAAUAAUU